UAACAGUUAGAGGUCUGUUAUAUAAUACUGUAGACUUAUAAUAAUAUUAGAAUACAAUUAACUUUACUCAAAUGAAAGAUGCUAUUAAUUUGCAUUAUAGUAAGUGUAGGAACCAGUGUUUUUGGAGCUUGACCAUAAUAGGGAAUAAAAGUAAGGAUAACGACCUCUACUGCUUUAAUGUUGACCAUUCAAAUUCCCAAACUUUAUGGAAGUGCAAUACUUUGGAUAUCGCUGUUACAGAGAUCGUAGAUUAGGGAGAUUUAAAUGGAAUGUAUUGUUACCGUACACUAUUGUUACUAUUAAGUGAUAGCAGUUAGCAGUUUUAUAGUGAAGUUAUAAGGAAUAAGACUCCGGCUCCGGUCGGGUCAACUGGGUCCUACACGAGUCAAUAAUCCGGAAGUGUAAUUCAGUGUAGUCAAAUGAAAAAUGCCGUCAUCAGAAGAGGUAGACUGUGGUGGACCCAGCUGGACUAUGAGAAACUGAAGCAGGGUAACCAGGGCAUCGGAAGGGACUUCUCACUGCAAAACGUCACUGUAGUUACACAUGCCGGUGGCAGUGUAACGUUUGUGGCGGAGCACACACUAUAGCCUGCUAACAUUAGCCAGCACUGGUGUUGGAUAAAAGAGCAGAGUUGGGGGAAUAAUGUGACCCAGAGGAUGAGGUGCAAGCGAUAGUGGAGCGGCUGUGUACCAACACAGAUGUGCUGUGAAUGUGGCACCGAAACAAAAUGUAUGGGUGGCUCCACUAGCUAACGGUAGCUAGCUAGCCAGCUAGCCGGUCAGUGCUGCAGCUUGAUGCGAGUCUCGUGUCCUUUAAAGAUGCAAGUCGCACCGACUCGUUCAGAACGGCAUGUGAAAGUCCGCUCCUCUUGUCUACAAAGCUUAACUUACUACAGUAUGAAGGGGAAACAUGACAGACCUGUAGGCUGAUCCGAGUUCAGGACGAUGGCUGAAGGAUAACAUCCAAGGAGUCACAUUCCCUCAACCCGAAGUGACCCCAUUUUCCCCCCCUUUUUUAACUUUCAUCUGCACUUUUGCAACUUCCCCUUGCUGAACUUCUUAAAGUCCUGUUUCAGCUCAUUGCCCUGUCUCUUUGGGAUUUCAUGGAAUGCAUGAAUUGCACAGUAAGAUCAUGUAAAUUCAUUUUAAAUUGGACAAUCCUCUGCCUGACAACCUCCUAGCCAAAAGACAGAAUGACUCUCCAAUCGGAAAUAAUUACAUUGUGACUGGAUAUCAACUUCUUGCCCAUCUGAGAUUGCCACCUCAGUCUGUAGGAUUUUCAACUCUGGUUCCAUCACUUGUUCCCUACCUGCAGCCUUUUUCACAACCCCAUCCCUUUUCUAGUGUCAUUGGGCCAUGGUUCGUAAGAAAGGUUCUGUUAUACUAUGUGGUGCUUUCCUGUUUGUUGCCUGGAAUGCUUUGCUUCUACUUUAUCUUUGGGGUCGCCCUCCUAUCGGCCGCCUUGGAGAAGGUGGUGGAGCCGAACCAGGAGGAAAGGAGGAGUGGGGCAUGAGCAAAGGGAAAGAAGGCCAGAUCAACUUGGCUGGGGAAGUGAUCCGGCUGGCAGAGGAGGUUGAAAUUCAACUUGAGACCCAGAAAAAGCUACUGAAGCAGAUUGAAAGUCACAGAGCAGUGUGGGCUCGGCAGAAAGACGUUGGGAAAAGAGAUGAUACAGAUGAUACAAAAGAAGUCAAAGAAGAGGUUGUCCACUGGCCAUCGAAGCCUCCGCUUCUUCUCAAAGACAGUUUGGAUGACAGGGCCCAAACUGAAGUACAACAUACAAAGAAGCCUAUUCCCGCAGUAGCUCCAGACUCUCAGUUACAGCACAAGUUCAUUGAAAUAAAGGAAGAGGUUGUUGAGAAUAAUAAAUUGGCAACUUCUGUUGCCAGCCCAGAGGUCAUCAUUCCCAUUCUAGUUAUUGCUUGUGACAGAGUGACGGUAAAACGGAGCCUUGACAGACUGAUACAGUACCGCCCUUCUUCACAACUAUAUCCAAUCAUUGUCAGCCAGGACUGUGGCCAUGCUGAUACUGCUCGUGUGAUUGGCUCAUAUGGAGAUCAAGUCACGCACAUAAGUCAACCGGACCUGUCGGACAUCAGAGUCCGGCCAGAGCACAGGAAGUUCCAGGGCUACUACAAAAUUGCCCGACAUUACCGCUGGGCACUCAACCAAGUGUUCAACACCUUCUCCCAGUCUACUGUAGUCAUAGUGGAGGAUGACCUAGAGGUGGCACCAGACUUCUUUGAGUAUUUCCGAGCUCUGUACCCAAUCUUGCGUUCUGACCCCACCCUGUGGUGUGUUUCUGCCUGGAACGAUAAUGGCAGAGACGCCCUGGUGGAUCCAUCCAAGGCUGAACUCCUCUACAGAACAGACUUCUUCCCGGGUCUUGGCUGGAUGCUGCUGAAGGAAAUGUGGGAUGAACUGGAACCCAAAUGGCCCUUGGCCUUCUGGGAUGACUGGAUGCGUCAACCAGAGCAACGCAAGGAUCGCUCCUGCAUCCGGCCUGAAAUCUCACGGACUAUCACCUUUGGCCGAAAGGGCGUGAGUUUAGGUCAAUUCUUUGACCAGUACCUUCGUUAUAUUAAGCUAAACACUCAAUUUGUGCCUUUUACCAAACAGAAUUUGUCUUAUUUGCUAAAAGAGAAGUAUGAUGAAAAGUUUAUUAAAGAGGUUUACAGCGUACCCCUGGUGAAAAUUGAGGAACUCCAACAAGGGGGUAACUUAAGAGGCCCUGGACCAUACAGGGUGCAGUACUCCAGCAGGGACAGUUUUAAAGUCUUUGCUCGAAAUCUGGGGGUGAUGGACGACUUGAAAUCUGGAGUUCCUCGUACAGGUUACAGGGGCAUAGUCAGUUUCCUGUACCGAGGCCGAAGGGUGUUCUUGGCUCCACCAGAGGGAUGGAUGCAGUAUGACAUCAGCUGGAGCUGAGAGACUGAUCCAGAAGGUACAAUGUGAAUGGGGUUGAAGAGGGGAGAGAGCCUUACUCAGAGGAACAUCCUCUCAGACCAAAGAAUAUAAGCGGAUGCAGUGGUUCAUGAAAGAAUUAAAGCAGCACAGAUGGGGCUGCAUAUCAGUGGAGCAUUGACCCUGGCCUGUUUGUUAGGGAAGCUUCAAAAAUAGGGUGCUCAUUCAGGAUCAGCAAGUUCAGGGCCACACAGACUUCAUAUAGAGUUCAGACUUGAAGAAAGGAAAACUCCACCCGUAAACACUGUUUAAAAACAGCUAUUGGCAAUGUGCCUUGCUUUCUGGGCCCAUUUCGCGUGAUGUAUUUUUUUUAUUCCUGUGAAUAUUGGCCAAAUGUAAACUUAACAUCACAUUUUCGCUGUUUGCAGCAGCUGUAAAUGGAGGUUGGUAGCAGAAAAUAAUUUGAAUUGUCAACAGGAAGAGCAUGUGGAGGUCACACACAGGCAGUGAUCCUAGCUGGAACUUGGGAGAAAAAAAACACGUGUAAAA